GUGCAGCGCGGGUAAUGUGUCAAAGAACACAAGACUGCGUUAUCACAACAAGCCUAAUUUUGGACUAAAACUAAUCAAACCUGCUAUCAAAACCCAACAAAAGAAGUCAUAAGCCAUGCAGCGAAGCAUUGCAGCCUUCUUUUCGCCUGUCAAGGGCAAGGAGAAGAGUGAUGGACAGACAAAGGUCAAAUCGGAGCCCCUGAAGCAACAGAACGGCAACCAGGAGGCGGACUCUCCAGUCAAGCGACCAAUCAGCAAGCGCAGCCGCGCCAUCGCCGACAGCGAUGAGGAGGACGGGCCAAUCGGGAAGGAGCAGACGGCCACUCAAAUGAACGGACGGGCCGAUCGACCAGUGGGCAAAGAACAGCCAGCCAAGGAGGAGUCCACUCCCUCCACCCCUCUCUCGCCCAAGACCCCUGUUUCCCCGGCAGCAGUUGCCACCAAGACCCCUGUUUCCCCGGCAGCAGUUGCCACCAAGACCCCUGUUUCCCCGGCAGCGGUUGCCACAAAGACGCCCCUUUCCCCGGCAACGGUUGCCAUGAAGACCCCCAUUUCCCCGGCAACUGUUUCCGUGAAGACCCCCGUCACCCCAGCAACGCCUGCCACACCAGCAACCGUAUCUACGGCAACCCCUGACACCCCCACCUCCGCCUCCCCCUCGGGCAUCCCCAAACGCAGGACGGCACGGAAGCAGUUCCCCAAGCGCAAGCUGCACAGUCCGGGUGAUGGAGAGAUGGAGAAGGACGGAGGGAUAGAGAGACAACCGGAAGGAGAGCAGGACAGGAAGAGAGCCCGCACGGAGGAUACGUCAGAUGAGAAGAUGGAAUCGCAGACCGCCGAGGAGAGCGAAAAGGUGAACGACAAGAAGAAGGGCGGGGAGGAGGAGUGCAGUGCGGUGGAAGAGAAGGAGAUGAAGAAAGAACAGAAGACUCCCUUGGCCGGAGAGGGGGAAGAGGGGGAAGAGAUGGAGGUUUCCACGGCGGAUGUGAAGAAGGAGGAGGAAGAGAAGACUGUGUCCACUGCAGAGGAGAAGAAAAAAGAUGGGGACGAGAAGAAGAACAAAAAAGUUGGGGAUGAGAAGAAGGAUGAAAAGAAACACGUCGAGAGGGAAGAGAAGGCAAAGAGGACGGAGAGUGUGACUGAAGUGAAGAAAGAGAAGGAGGGAGAGAAAGAAGGAAAGAAAGAGAAAGAGGGGGAUAGAGGAAAGAAGACGGAAGAGAAGAAGGAGGCAGUGGCGAAGAAAGCACCAAUCAGCAGCUUCUUCACUCCCAGGAAAGCAGCAGUGAAGCUGGUGAAGACUGAGGAGAGUGAAGGAGACAAGGAGGACGGGAAGAAACCUGCCACUCCAGAGACCAAGAAAACACAGAGCCCUGUGAGCGAGAAGGAGGCGGGGUCUGUUGACCAGAGCCAAUACGAUCCCUCGAAAUCCGGCUACCACCCGAUAGACCACGCCUGCUGGACACACGGACAGAAAGUUCCCUACCUGGCUGUGGCUCGCACCUUCGAGAAGAUCGAGGAGGACUCCGGCAGGCUGAGGAACAUCGAGACCUUGUCCAACUUCCUGCGCUCAGUCAUACUGCUCUCUCCAGAGGACCUCUUGUGCUGCCUGUACCUGUGCCUAAACCAGCUUGGCCCCGCCUACCAGGGCCUGGAGCUGGGUGUCGGGGAGACGGUCCUGAUGAGAGCGGUCGCCCAGGCAACAGGCCGACAGCUGGAGAAGAUCAAGGCGGAGGCUGCGGAGCGCGGAGACCUGGGAUUGGUGGCCGAGAGCAGCCGUAGCAACCAGAGGAUGAUGUGUGCACCCGCCAAGCUCAGCGUCAGGGUAGUCUUCAACAAGCUGAAGGAGAUCGCCAACAUGAGCGGAAACUCUGCCAUGAAUAAGAAGAUUGACAUCAUCAAGAGCAUGUUUGUGGCCUGCAGACAAUCAGAGGCCAGAUUCAUCAUCAGGUCAUUGGCUGGGAAGCUGAGGAUCGGAUUGGCUGAGCAGAGCGUCAUCGCUGCCCUCACACAAGCUGUGUGUCUCAGCCCCCCGGGACAAGAAUUCCCUCCUGCCGUGGUGGAUGCUGGGAAGAAGAUGAGCACAGAGAGCAAGAAAGCCUGGCUGGACGAGAAGAACCUCAUCCUCAAACAGACUUACUGUGAGAUGCCUAACUAUGACGUCAUUAUUCCCGUGCUAAUGAAGGAGGGCAUAGAUGAGCUGCCCAAUCACUGCAGACUCACCCCAGGCGUGCCCCUGAAGCCCAUGUUGGCCCAUCCCACUAAAGGCGUUGGAGAAGUCAUGAAGAGAUUCGACGAAGCAGCAUUCACCUGCGAAUACAAAUACGACGGCGAGAGAGCACAGAUUCACAUCCUUGAGAACGGUGAAGUUAAAAUCUUCAGCCGGAACCAGGAGGACAACACAACCAAAUACCCCGAUAUCAUAGCACGCAUCCCCAAGGUUAAGAAGGGCUCGGUGGUGUCGUGUGUGUUGGACUCUGAGGCCGUGGCGUGGGAUCGGGAGAAGAAACAGAUCCAGCCCUUCCAGGUGCUCACCACACGCAAGAGGAAGGAUGUGGAUGCAGCAGACAUUAAAGUCCAAGUGUGUGUUUAUGCCUUUGAUCUGCUCUACCUGAAUGGCAAGUCCCUGGUUCGAGAGCCUCUUCGUGUGCGGCGUGAGCUGCUGAGAGAGAGCUUUGAGGAGCAGGAGGGAGAGUUCGUCUUCGCCAAAGCCCUCGAUGCCUCCGACACAGAAGCCAUCGGAGACUUCCUGGAACAGUCCGUCCGAGACUCCUGUGAGGGCCUGAUGGUUAAGACGUUGGAGAGGGACGCCACCUACGAGAUCGCCAAACGCUCACACAACUGGCUCAAGUUGAAGAAGGACUAUCUGGAGGGUGUGGGCGACACUGUGGACCUGUGUGUGGUGGGAGCGUACCUGGGGAAAGGCAAGAGAGCCGGCACGUACGGAGGCUUCCUGCUGGCCUGCUAUGACGAGGAGAACGAGGAGUUCCAAUCUGUAUGCAAGAUUGGAACCGGCUUCAAAGACGAGGACCUGGAGCAGCAUUACAAUUUCCUCAAGGAGCACAUCAUACCCAAGGCCCGCCCCUACUACCGCGUGGACCAAUCAGCAGAGCCGGAGGUGUGGCUGGAUGCCGUGCAGGUGUGGGAGGUCAAGUGCGCUGACCUAUCGCUGUCCCCGGUCUACAAAGCAGCAAUGGGAUUGGUUGAUGCAGAGAAGGGUGUGUCGCUACGUUUCCCACGAUUCCUGAGGAUCAGAGACGAUAAGAAGCCAGAGGAUGCCACCACAGCCUCACAGGUGGCGGAUCUGUAUAAGCGUCAGCAACAGAUCCAGAAUCAGGGCGACAAGGCUGAUCCCGAGGACUACUAUUAGGAUCUCCCCUCUCAUUGAUCGAUGGCAGACCGCACAGACACACCAUUGGCCGGCUGAGGGUUCCGCCUAGGCUGAUUGGUUAAUUGCUUGAUGAUGAUGACGUGACAGCCAGGCUGAAUGUUGACUGGUGAAAAGGAUUCCCUGCUACCCCACCUCUGCACAGGUUGUGUUUGUAAAGAAUCUUCAGAAUGACAUGGAAAUGUCUUGUUUUGUUGUUUUAUUAACAAAAAACUGAUGCACUCACACAUUAACACGCAUUCAUUGCAUUACACAUUGAUUCCCAUUGCAGCGUAACGAUUACGCCCACUCCCUUCCUCCCACAAUAAUGUGCUGUACAGAAUCUUUCUACUUUAAAAUUUGUCGAUAAAUAGAACUCAAAUAAAAUGUUUUGGGUUUUUCUUUUUCA